UCUAUAUAGGUGGUGCUCUACUUUGGUUUGAGCGUCUCCCAUCUACAGGAUGGUGCGGACCUUGUUCAUCCUCCUGGUCACAAUGGCGUGCAGGACGAGCUUGAUUCAUGCUCAUCAUAAAAUGAUUUGCUACGCCGGCACUGAGCCGGAUCACACGGGCAAAGUGAGGUGGGUGCUGCCCUACAGCGACCCGUGUUCUUGCACCGAGAUACGGCCCGGUGGCCACAACACUCAGGCACCAACCCGGACAUUCACUCCGCGGUAUUUGAAGUCAUUGGUUAUCACUAAAGACAGGCAGUACAUCCAAAGUCUGCUAAGCUGCAAAUCACCACCCAUUGUAUGUGAGAACAAAGAAUUCACAAUUAACUGUGGAGACGGUGAGACCAUCAGUGUAAAGUGGGCCCUCUACGGUUUCGAUGCUGACAGUACCCAUCGUUGUUUCGUCAAUGCAGUCCACUGUGCAGGAAAUGAUGACGACACGUCGCUUGAGAAAGUGAAGACCGAAUGCCAGGGGAAACGACAUGCUCUUUCACCCCAACUAAUGAGUGGUAUGGAUCAGACCCUUGUGAAAACGUUGGGAAGUACAUCAACGUAACGUAUGUCUGCCUGCAUGACAGUGCGUGAAUAACCAUAAAGCAUGUGCACUCUCGGUAAACCCAUCUGAUAGGCCCCUUAUGAAGAAAUAAUUCAGGGAUUGGAAAUGGACCCUUCCCGUGAAAUAUGCUAAUCACAUUCACGCAUGCGUACAGACCCUGUUGGUUGGCA